UCUACAGGCGCUGUCAUGAUACCAGGACCUAUGUUCUUGCGGACAAUAGACAGAUUCCCUCGGACGCCGAAGUGCGCGCGCUGCCGGAACCACGGCGUCGUGUCAGCGUUGAAGGGACACAAGCGUUAUUGCCGAUGGAGAGAUUGCACAUGUGCGAAGUGCACCUUGAUCUCGGAGCGCCAGCGCGUGAUGGCGGCCCAGGUUGCGCUAAGGCGACAACAGGCGCAGGAGGAGACAGAGGCGAGAGAGAACGUCAUGUAUGCGAGCCAGACUUCCGGUCUGACCGCGGGCCGCGAAAUGACACCGGCGUUCCACGAAGGGAUUCGCUCCCGGGGUUACGCCUGUUCUACCAGCAGCUAUGAUGGCAGCGACAACGAUGAGCCUCCUGCAAAACGUCUACGAGUCUCUGACAUCUACACAUCUGGUCUCCGGGAAGCGCCGCGCUCGCCGGCUGACUCCCGUGGCACCUCGUCACCUCACAGUACAGCCUCUUCCGGUUCUCCGAUUCCGGAACAUUUCAACCACAGCGCCGAUGACGACAUUGUGCGCUUCGACGACGAGACGGGUAACAGAAAAUCCGUUGACAUGCUUUGCAGAAUAUUCCCAACCCACAAGCGACACGUGCUGCAGAUGAUUCUUCACGGUUGUCACGGGGACGUGGUCCAAGCGAUUGAUCAGUUAUUUAAAACGAACAAUGACGAGCGGAUUCCUGACUCGACUAUGUUACAUUACGCAACGAUGCCGAUCUCCGGCUACACUCCACGAAUUCCGAACAUUGAAACCUCAUUUAAGUCCGCAUUUACGCCGAGAAGCAUUUCCGGAGCAGGCUUCGCGGUCGCUCCGACCCUCAAUCCGUUUUCACCAUAUACCUGGCAUUCUGGUAGUUUGCCACCACGUGGACUUUUGUCAUAUCCGUAUGACGGGGCCUUGCUUGCCGGACUCCACUCAAAUCUCGGUGCCUACGCUAGUUUAGGGUCCACAUCGGCCCCUAACAAGCCGGUGAUGUACUCGUCAUACCCCUUCUCGCAUUUUACGCAAGACCGACCGGCCGAGUUGGACUCUAGAUAA